AUGGCCGACUCGGCAGCCAAGGACUUUGCCUACCUACAGAUCGCAUCGGCGUCCGGCGACGUGACCGCCGAGACGUCGACCUGGAAAGGCAAGCGGCUGCGCGUUAAGUCGGCCAAGCCAGACUUUUUGCAGCGGCUGCAGGCAGUGUGGACCGACGGCGAGGUCGAGGCCGAGGUGCUCGCCGAGCGUGAGCGCGCCUUUUCCGAGCGCUACAAGGGGAAGCGCAUGCUCAUUGCCGACGACGGCGUCGUGACGAUCGAGGCGUCCAAGGCACCCGUGGCGACGGUCGUGGUCGAGGCCCCGCAGACGGAGAAGGAAGGGGCCGACGAGAACGACGGUCACUUGAGCUCUAAGAUCCCGGACGAUGACAACGAGAGCGACGAUGAGGUCGGCUUGGUGGAUGCCAUGGACGCGGUGGAGGCCGAGUUGAGCUCCGAGACGUCGAACGAAGACGUCGAUGCGCCCGAGGAUGCGGCCAUGAGCUCCGAGACGUCAGAAGACGAAGAAGGUGAGCAAGACGACGUGGCGAUCGACGCGAACGAAGACGAGGUGUUGCCGGCCGAUGACAUUGACAUGGAAGCGGAGACCGAGCGGGAGCGGGAGCUCGCCUACGCCCAGGCGCAAGCAGCCUCCAGGAGCAGCAAAACUGACAGCGAAGACAACGACGAAGAUGUCCAUAUGGAGGCCGAGAUCGCCAAGGAGCUCGAAGCCGCGUCCGUCAAAAUGACGCCUGCUGCGCCUGUAGUGGACGCAGCCGCGCGCAAGAAAGCCGCGAACGCCCGACGUCUUGCGGCCAUCAGAGAGCGCGAGGAGCAGGUGGCCGCGAUGAGAAAGCAGCCGACGUUGAUCACUGCGACCAACAAGAAGAUCACGUUCGGCGAUGACUCGGACGACUCGAGUUACUCUCAACAUUUGAAACUAGCGUGA